AUGGCCUACCCCACGGGAAAACUCCCUUGGACAAAUUCGCUGUCGGGACCCGGUUCUACCUCUGGCAACCAGUCAGUAGAUCACACCGAGGACGAGCUAGGUGAACGUCCGGCCUCCGACUCGGCUUCCUCAUCGUCAGCUCACGGUUCUGCCUCUGGCGAACAUCCAGAUGAGCCCUUCAUCGGCCCGCUCCCUGAAGGCGCAGACUGCCCGACGUCCUCAUUGCCAAGUCACGGUUCUGGCCUCAGCGCUGUACCGUCCUCAUCGUCAGAUCACCAACCAGAUGGACGCAACAAGAACGCGCUUCCUGAACGUACAGAUUCACUCGCAGAUCCUGGCGGCCCACGGAAAAUAGGGACGGACUUAUCAAACAUGACGGAGGAUGAGAGAAGGGAAUGGGCUUGGAACAUUGCCGACCCCAAUCGCAGACCCAAAUCCAAACCCGUCAGGCCCGACCCUAACAGCCACUACGUCUCUCCUGAGGCGAUGUACGAUCUCACCAAAGAUAUAAACCUGAGACCCAAGGGGCAUUCGAGCGGCAAGUGGCGCUGUUGCAAGUGUAACCGUCGCCACAAGGUCUACGUUCAACCACACAUCCACCCACUCCACGUUCUGAGCUGCGAAUGUACCCACCGAUCGUGUGCUAAGUGCAAACUGGAGGAACAUCCUGCCAAUUAUCCUGCGCCAACCCGGCCACAACGGUCUCCUCGGGUUCUGGUCAAACAGUUCCAACCGAUGAACGACCCGGAGGUGAUCCCUUUGUCUGAGGACAGCGCCAGGGCUAUACGAUUUGGCGUCGUCUGCGAAGGCUGUGGUCGAUCGUGGCUCGCACGGAGAGUCCCAGUCGAGUACAAGAAGAUACCGAAGAAGUCGCUCCUGGAACGUCUACCUACGCUCCCCAAGUUCCCAAAAAAGCGCGGUGGUGGUGCACCCACUUUGCAGGACCUGCGAUCUAGUCGAUCGAUGAGCAAUCUCCACGAUCCUACUCAGUCACGUUCUCAGGCUGCGCCGCCGGCCGCUUCCAGGUCCAGCUUCGACCUCCAAACCCUUCGGAAGACGAUGAAGAAAAAGCAUGGGGUACAAGCUGAGCCGGUUCCUGUCAAGUUCGUGGGCAUCAAGUGUCUCUGUACUAUGACUACUGCAGACACUUCGCUCUGUUUCCAGAUCAUGGAUAAGCCGGAGGACCACAACCAUACCCAGUUGGCGAAUCAGGUGGCCGCGCGCAAGCCGGCUGGCUUUGGCAGCACACCGGCAGACACUGCGAGAGGUCAUGGUACCCCGACCUUGAAGUUGAGGGGAAAGAAGCACGAAAACCCGCUCAUGAGCAACCUUGUCGCCUAG